CGCCGGAAGUGGCUUCAAACAGAAGACGAUUCGGGCUGAUUCAUUGUAGCUUUCUGARCGCAGAAACACACAUCUUCCAAACUCAGAGACAGAUUUGACAGCGGAUUUAAAUAUGGACCGACUCUUGAGGCUCGGGGGUGGAAUGCCGGGGCUGGGACAGGGACCCCCCACAGAUGCACCRGCCGUGGACACAGCAGAGCAGGUCUACAUCUCCUCCCUGGCCCUGCUGAAGAUGCUGAAGCACGGCCGAGCCGGCGUGCCGAUGGAGGUCAUGGGGCUGAUGCUGGGCGAGUUCGUGGACGACUACACGGUGCGGGUGAUCGACGUGUUCGCCAUGCCUCAGUCUGGAACGGGAGUCAGUGUGGAGGCCGUGGACCCGGUCUUCCAGGCUAAGAUGUUGGACAUGCUGAAGCAGACUGGAAGACCAGAGAUGGUGGUGGGCUGGUACCACAGCCACCCCGGGUUCGGCUGCUGGCUGUCGGGGGUGGACAUCAACACGCAGCAGAGCUUCGAGGCGCUGUCGGAGCGAGCCGUGGCCGUGGUGGUCGACCCGAUUCAGAGCGUUAAAGGAAAGGUCGUCAUCGAUGCCUUCAGGCUGAUUAACGCCAACAUGAUGGUGUUGGGCCACGAACCGAGGCAGACCACGUCCAACCUGGGYCACCUGAACAAACCCUCCAUCCAGGCUCUGAUUCAUGGACUGAACCGGCACUACUACUCCAUCACCAUCAACUACAGGAAGAACGAGCUGGAGCAGAAGAUGCUGCUGAACCUGCACAAGAAGAGCUGGAUGGAGGGUCUGACCCUGCAGGACUACAGCGAACACUGCAAACUCAACGAGACCAUCGUCAAAGAGAUGCUGGAGCUCGCCAAGAACUACAACAAGGCCGUGGAAGAGGAGGACAAGAUGACUCCGGAGCAGCUCGCCAUCAAGAACGUAGGAAAACAGGAUCCUAAGAGACACCUGGAGGAACACGUGGACGUCUUGAUGACCUCCAACAUCGUUCAGUGCCUAGCGGCCAUGUUGGAUACCGUAGUUUUCCAGUGAUCCUGUUCCUCGUCUGUAUAAUUGUUAAUAUGGCCGCCCUCGUUUCUUUUAUAUAAAAUAAAUGUAUGUAUCAAAUCAA